AUGGGCUUCUGGCCAGAAACGGUCACAGAGGAAGGUCUGUUCUCAAAGGAUCCUUAUCAGGGUGAGAAUUGUAGCCUUGAAGCGGUGCAUGAGGGAGGCUCGGAAUUAGCUGGAGAGAUUGUUCAUGUAUGUCGAACUGUCGUCUUCAGCCUGUUGAGAGAAAAUCCUCCCAUCUUAGGACUUGCCUUCUGUAAAGAGCUGUUGAGUGAGUGGAAGGAUUUCUUGUGCAGAGAACAAGUGUUGUCACUUUUCUUGCAGGUGAUUGCCCUUGUAAUGGAUUCCUUCACGGACAUAGAUAUCUUUGGUGACCUUCAGGAUGCCUAUAACAACCGUAAAGUCCCUGUCUAUAUUCUUCUCGACCAAGACUUUCUACCCCAUUUCUUGGAAAUGUGCAAGAAUUUGGGAGUUUGUCCUGAGCAGGAAGAUCUGAUGCGAGUUCGAACGCUCACCGGGAACAUAUACUGCAUGAGGUCAGGUGCCAAAAUUGUUGGAAAAGUCCAUGAGAAGUUCAUGUUAAUCGACGGAAUCAGAGUGACAACAGGCUCCUACAGUUUCACAUGGUCCGACGGGAAGCUGAACAGCAGCAACUUGCUGCUCUUGUCAGGUCAAGUGGUUGAACAAUUUGACCUUCAGUUCAGGAUUCUUUAUGCCCAGUCAAUGCCCAUUAACCCUAAGUGGCCAUCCAGCUGCAGGACCAGUGGGAUGUUUGAUCACCUGGUGAACAGAAUAGAGUCCCCUCAAGAAUAUACUGUGGAAGGCAACUUGAGAGCAGAGUUUGCCAGACUGUCUAGUACUCCAAAGAAACUGUUGAAAGAACUAGAUCAGGCUGAAGAUGCUCCUGGAGGCAAACCUUGUAGCCUGGGGCAUUCUUGCCUCUGUGAAGAGGAGUGCUUCAGCCAUCAAGAGGCCAUAGUGGGACGGAAAAAUGCAUCAACUCAAACCGGCCCCUGGGGAGAGAAGCCUGUGGUGACGGCAUGUAGCGCUGCCACACAGACCAGUGCCGUGACCAAAGAAACUGGCACUCAGGCUUCUGUGGCUGCCAGAAUGACGGGCACUCAGACUUCAGUUUUGCUGAAGGCUGCAGUGACACAGACCAAGGAAGAUGAGUACACAGAAACACCCCUGCUUCACAGAAAAAUGUCAAAAGAAGGAUCGUCUCUGUUUGGAAAGGCCAUGCCAAGUUCUAGUCUGCGAUCGCUGUCUUCGUCGUCAUCCCAGUGCUCUCUUGCAAGCUCUACUGGCUCGCUCUCUUCUCUCCGGUCCUUUGAAUAUUCCAGCAGUCACAGGGCAGAAUAUUUCCAAAAACUGCAUAAAGAGAGGCAAUUCCACUACUCCGCUAUCAGGUCCAAGCUUAGCCACGUGGUGGAUAUCCUGUCACGGAGGCGACGUGUGCCUGAAAACUACAUGACCCAACACACCGGGAGAUGCAAUCUGAGGCAGAGGCGCGACAUCAGCACCAGCCUGCGCAGCCUCCGGGAUGUUUCGCUCUUUUCUCUGAAUAAAUGA